AUGACUGUCGCAGAUAUUCCUUUGGUAUCGCAGCAAUCCGCUGGUGAUAUUAACCCUAGAAAGCGCAAGCAUGAAGAAGAUGAUGAUGAGAAAGAAGCAGAAUCCAAUUCAAUUGGCAUGGAAACAGUAUCAUCAGAACUUCGUCAACCAGAUUUACCAGAAUUCAAUUUGAUACCUGCAAAGAAUCCAGCUAAAGAAGAGCUUGGUGAGAAACCCUCAUCCGAAGAAUGGCAAACGGUAGAAAGACAUCCAAAAAAGAAAGCCAAGAAAAUACCCAAGGCUGGAAAUGGAAAUUAUCCUGCUAUUACUUUCGCAGCAAAGGAGUCUAGACUUUCAGGCCCAAUUAAGAUUGGAGAUUUACAAAGCCUCGUUCUUUACCUUCUUGCAGAUGGGAUGGCCCCUCAAUUUGUUUCUAUCCGUCAUCGACCACAAUUCCGAAAAGUUGUCGUGCUUAUGGUCCCUGGACUUGAAGAAUCUAUGUUUGGUACAAAGCCUGUAUCUGAUUCACAUCGGUAUUCUCCAGAUGAAUACCUCCCGCGCAAGUUAAAGUCUGAAACUUUGCCUGCAAAUGUGAAGCUAUUUGCGGAUAUGUUUGAAUACAUAUGGCCAGUCAAAACGCCGGGAGAUAAGAAAUAUGCGAAGAUGCAUUCUCCUUUACAUGCUAUGCUAACAGCACCUGUAACUAAAAGCCAAGAAAAUAAAAAUAAUCAUGGAAAAGGUCCAAAGAAAGCUAGAGAGCCUAAUGGUUGGCAAAACACUCGCACACCAAUUACACAAUUCCUUACGUCGCCCGAAGAUCUUCAAGAAAAUGGUUAUACCCUUCACCCUGCAACCUACGACGCUUUGGUCGAUAGAAACAACUUGGCAGAACAGCGGAAGACUUGGGAGGUUGAUGAGGCUCAUGGAUGGGUAGACACAAAAGUUAAUAAUUUUGAUGAAGGAUCAGUUGCAGAUAAUGAGUUUGAGCAAGGAAGUCUUACAGUCGGCAGGGAAAUUUUUGCUAUGGAUUGUGAAAUGUGCAUGACUGGCAAGAAUGAGUUCUCACUUACGCGCAUAAGUAUUGUUGGCUGGGAUGGGUCAGUUGUUCUUGAUGAGCUUGUAAAACCCGAGAAGCCAAUCAUCGAUUAUCUCACCCAAUACUCUGGUAUCACUGAAGAACUGCUUGCUCCAGUUACAACAACAUUACAAAACAUACAAAAGAGAUUAGUCGAAUUAUUUCAUCCACGAACAAUUUUGAUCGGCCAUUCUCUGGAUUCUGACCUUAAAGCUCUCAAACUUACACAUCCAUAUAUUAUCGAUACCGCAGUCAUAUAUCCUCAUCCUCGUGGUCGACCACUAAAAUCCUCUCUCAAAUGGCUUGCCCAGAAAUAUCUUGGUAAAGAGAUACAAAAGGGACAUGGAGCAACUGGUCACGAUUCAACUGAGGAUGCGAGAACGUGUCUUGAUCUCGUAAAGCUUAAGUGUGAAAAGGGAUCUGAUUGGGGAGCAAAUGAUUCACAAGGUGAGAAUAUCUUCAAGCGAUUAGCUCGAACUGGGGUAAAAUAUAAAAGCCAAGGAGGAACAGCUAUACCGGCUUCUGUAGAUGGAAAAUCAUCGGCAGCUGUUGAUUGGGGUGAUCCAAGAAGAGGACCCGGCAGUGCUGCAACUUUCUCGAUUGGGUGUUCGAGUGAUGAACAAAUCAUGGAAGGUGUCAUUCGAGCUGUAAAUGGGGAUCCUGACGGAAAGACGAUCCCAGGUGGUGGAGUAGAUUUUGUAUGGGGAAGAUUCAGAGAGCUGGAGGAUUUGAAAGAAUGGAAUAACCAACGACUUCCUCAUGCACCAGAAUCUAAAAGCUCAGCGGUAGAUGGUAACGGUGCUGUAGCCAUCGAAGCCAACGAUAAAGAUACUACCAUGGAAGAACCAAAUUCUAUAAACCCAGCAACUGCCACCGAAUCCACCACUGCCGAAUCUAAACCCCCUACAGAAAAUCCCUUGGAGGAUACCACCACCGAUAUUUUCGCACCCGCCACUCUCACCCUAACCCAACGUAUCCAUAAAAUCUACCAAGCCCUCCCUCCAUGCACAGCCUUUAUUAUCUACAGCGGUUCCGGCGACCCCAAGGAAAUGGUUCGAUAUCAGAAAAUGAAACAACAAUUUCAACACGAGUACAAGACGGUGAAGUGGGACCAGCUGAGCGUUAAGUGGACGGAUGUUGAAGAACAGGCUAUGAGUAAGGCGGCGGAUAGAGCGAGGAAUGGAGUCGGAUUUAUUGGGGUCAAGUAG